GCAGUCCAAGUAGAUCAGAUUGCAAAAGAUUGAUAAAGAGAGCUGUUCAGUUAAUAAGCAGUGAGGGAGUAUUGUACAGUUUUAUGGGAAAUGUGAAGGGUAGACUUCAUGUUAGUAUAGAUGAAGGAUAAGCAGAAGAGCAGCUAAAGGAAAUGCUUCAGAAGAUGGAGAUACAAAAACCUGCAUUUUCACUGGGAUGAUCCUCGUUAAACGCUUCGUACCUAUUUUGCACGUCCAGCACUGACUGACUGGCUUGGCCCAAGGUUCUGGUGCGAUUUAGCCUGGUCGGAGCUGCGUUUCAUCUUCACUCGCAAACUGCACCUGAAAAAAAGAAAAAGAGAGAGAGCCACAAGGGAUCAAGCAAGGAUGAAGAAAUUCAAAGGGGGUCUGUGCCUUGUGCUGAAGAUGAUGGAGUGGUUUUCUCCAGUAUUAGAGUAACACACAAAGAAGGAGCAGCUGCGGUGGCAGAUGCGGAGAAUGUCUCAGUUUGGUUAACAGGGAUACUGGGAGAGAAGAUAACACCUUUUACUUCUGCAGCCUGGGGGAGGACAGGUAGAAAUAAAGGGACUGGAUUAAAGCCCAAGGCUCCCACCCAGCUCCCUGUCUAUGACUCAUUAAAAUGGAGCUCAGCCAGUGAUCCAGCUGUGAGGGGCCUCGAUCACACACUGGGACUCUAGGCCUGCCCUUCUGCUCUGACCCUGCAGCUGGAGGCGCCGCCGGGAGCAUGAGUGUAGGAAGGAUCAAUCGCUACAGCAUUGUGUCAUCUGAAGAAGAGGGCCUCCGCCUCACUACCAUGCAUGGCAUGAACGGCUUUGGCAAUGGCAAGAUCCACACACGCCGCAAGUGCCGCAAUCGCUUUGUCAAAAAGAAUGGCCAGUGCAAUGUGCAUUUUGCCAAUAUGGACGAGAAGUCGCAGCGCUACAUGGCCGACAUCUUCACCACAUGUGUUGAUAUUCGCUGGCGAUGGAUGCUGGUAGUCUUCACUCUUGUAUUUGUUGUCUCUUGGCUAGUCUUUGGCUUAGCCUUUUGGGUUAUUGCUUUGUUGCAUGGAGAUCUGGAUAACCCAGCUGGAGAUGACAACUUCACUCCAUGUGUCCUACAGGUCAAUGGAUUUGUGGCUGCCUUUCUAUUCUCCAUUGAAACACAGUCUACCAUAGGUUACGGCUACCGCUGUGUGACUGAGGAGUGCCCAGUGGCUGUCUUCAUGGUGGUCUUCCAGUCCAUAGUGGGCUGCAUCAUUGACUGCUUUAUGAUUGGUGCCAUCAUGGCCAAGAUGGCGAGGCCUAAGAAGCGAGCACAAACUCUGUUGUUUAGCCACAACGCUGUCAUUGCCAUGCGGGAUGGAAAGCUGUGCCUCAUGUGGAGGGUAGGGAACCUUCGCAAGAGCCACAUUGUAGAGGCCCAUGUCAGGGCACAGCUCAUCAAACCUAGGAUCACUGAUGAAGGGGAAUAUAUUCCUCUAGACCAGAUAGACAUUAAUGUGGGCUUUGAUAAAGGCCUGGACAGGAUUUUCUUGGUUUCACCAAUCACGAUUCUCCAUGAGAUAGACGAGGAAAGCCCCCUUUUUGGGAUCAGCAAACAGGACUUGGAGACAGCAGACUUUGAGAUUGUCGUCAUCUUGGAGGGAAUGGUUGAAGCAACCGCCAUGACCACGCAGGCUCGCAGCUCCUAUUUAGCCUCUGAGGUCCUUUGGGGUCACCGUUUUGAGCCAGUCUUGUUUGAGGAGAAGAACCUAUAUAAGGUGGAUUACUCUCACUUUCACAAAACCUAUGAGGUGCCGUCCACCCCCCGCUGCAGUGCCAAGGACAUGGUGGAGAACAAGUUCCUAGUCCCCAGCUCCAACUCCUUCUGCUAUGAGAAUGAGCUGGCCUUCCUAAGCCGAGAUGAUGAGGAGGAGGAUGUAGGUGGUGGUAGCAGGGCACUUGCGAACCUCAGUCCGGACCGGAACAGCCGACAUGAGUUUGAGCGCUUACAGGCCACCAGGGUGCUGGAUCAAAGGUCAUAUCGUAGAGAAUCGGAAAUAUGACCUCUACCCAUUGACCCAGGGUCAACUUUCAAAAACUUUAUCCAAGGGUAAAAAUGCAGAACAAUGCAAAGUGCCAUAGGAAAAGCUGACUACUGUGAAAGAUUGGAAAACAAAAAAGACAACAGGAAAGGGACUUAACUGGAAGGAACGGGGAAAGCAAGAGUACACAGCUUAGAAAAUUGUGGUAAGGAAUGUCUACAAUCAAGGAAAAGGCUAGAGAAAGACCUUCUUCCUUAAUGGAAACUUGAAUCUUUUUUCACAUGGUCAUUUUGAGUUAAGAGUAUUCAAUGAUAGUGCAUCAAAAAACUAUUAUGACAGAACCUUAUAAUCAAAUCUUAGGUGUAAAUACAUUGCUUAGAUAAGUUAUGUUUUGUGUGCAGUAUCAGUUUCCAAAAACACCUCUAAAAAAAUAAAAGUUGUUUUUUCAACUUGUUCUUGAGCACAAAUAAUAGUGUUAUAAGGCUUCCCUUAAGCUCUCCUCGCUCCUUGCUGUGAUAUGCUGGACCUGCGUUCAGUGACACAUUGAAAAUUCGUUCACGGCAGCAUUCACACGCAAUGAGCCAUGAUAAAACAUCUGACCUGUAAGCCACUGAGAACAACAUAAUUCAACACCUUCAUUUUGGUUUUGGUGUGAUCCCAAAAUCUACCAACUUAGGGAGAGCAGGCAAAGUUAAUUGCACUAUAAGGUACAGAAAGGAUUAUGUUAAACAGAAAUGAAAUUGUUUAGAGAAACACUGUUUAUAAUCUCUUAAUUUCUCUUACUUUAAAGCCACCAACAUCAUGAUUUGGCUAAACUGGCCUGCACAUAUCAUGUCACAAACAUUGCUAAGUAGUCAGGUAAAACAAAACUAAAGCACAAUUGGUAGACAACCAACUUAAAUAAAUAUUUUGUAAUUUCACUAACUUUAUUUUUUGCAAGAUACAGAUUGCAAUAUUCAUGUUUGUAUUUACCAAAUUAAUAACUGAAUAGCAGCAAUUUGUAACCUCACAAAGAAAAGCACCUUACAGUGUACCUUUAUUUUCACAACUUGAAAUAUUAUCUAAUAAAAGUUCAACUAAAACCUGGAUAUUGGUAGUCAUUAGCAAGUUUCCUUCCAUCUAAUAUGGAAAUUAAGACUGUAACAAACUGGCGUAAACUGAUUCCCUAAUGUGUUUUUGUCCUCCUUAAAAAUGAAUCUAUGCAUAUUGUUAAAAGUAUUAGGGGACACAAACCCUAAUGAGUUCUGUGUGAGAUUAAAUUAUAUAAUGACAUGGAAAAACAUUAGAAAAACAAAUAAAAAAUGCAUAAACUCAAUUUCUAAGAGUAGCUGUUCUAUAUUAUCAAACCAAUUUGAAAAACGUUACAUUAAAUUAGUCAAAAUUUCACUAAUCGCCAAAACCUUUAAAAUGUACACAGCAAGAAUGCCAGAAUGAGAAGUAUUCCUGAUGUAUGUGUUUCAAACCACCCGACAAACAUCCCUUCAAAAUGCUAAAUGAACAAGCAUCAUAAGGGCAAAUGUGUCUACAACACUUUGGUUAUGCUAAUAAGGUCAGAAUAGUCCAAAAGUAUCAGCUAACUUACAGUAGCUGGCCCUAAAUUUCAUUUUACAUCAACAGUGAGUAACUUUAACUGAUCUUUAUAUUGUUAUCAACAGAGUUCAUCUCUGUUUCAAACAUUACCUGCAUUAUAGACUAACGGCAGGGCAAUUAUAUGGCAAAUGUAUCCUUUAACAGGUGAAACAAAUGUGUGCAAGUAAGUUUGGCUAAUAACUUAUCACUUCCAUUGCUGUCCAAAAAGAUAUAUAUGAGCAAAACAGCUUCAUCCUUUUUCAUUCCUCAUGUUGAUUCCUCUGGCAUUUACAAACAUCACAUACUGUAGACAGCUAAAUGCAUUUUAGCAAUAUGGUUAUACAAUGAGUUAAGACACUGGACCAAGGUCUGAAUGGAAGCAAUAAACACUGAAGCACACCUUUCUGAAUUAGUUUUAAUAAAUAUGUACUUAAUGAUUCUCUUUUAAUACACUGAACAUGCAUAUUUAUAAUUCUUGAUUCACAGAUAACAAGUGAAAGGCAUGAUGUGAGGUGAAUGACCCUACUUUAUUUUUCCGUCUUUAUUGUUCUUAUAUGUAUGAUUUCUCAGAUUUGAUACCAAAGUAAUGGUGUGUAGCUCAGCCUUGAGUUUUGAUGUGAUUGUUCCCAAGGUAAUCCUCCAAAAACAAUUUAGAUCUUGAAAAUGGAUAAUCAUAUUCCAAAAAUGUGUUUCUUUACAAAUUAAAAACAUGCCAUUAAUUACAGCAAAUGCCCAUUCAAUCAAAGGUUAAAACCAAAUCAACUAAAAGUUAAAGUUGUAGUUAUAGACUCAAUCAUUUGCUAUCACUAUAUAAAGUAGUUUAAGAGACAAAAUUAGAAUGCAUGACAACUUUUUUUCUUUGGCAUGAACAAUAGCAUUCAAAGAGUAUUACCUUAUUCUAGAUACCUAGUCAGAGUUUAUCAUUCAAAGCUCAACAUGUUUAUGUUGUGUCACAAAAUACUUUUUAUCAAGUCCAGCUUAUCUAUUACCUCACUAAAACGUGGAUGUC